AUGCCGACGUUGUGGUUUUCGGAAGAUGAAUUUUUGCAUCUUGCUAAGCCAUUUGAGUUUGCUUUGGUGGGGAAAUUUCCCCUUAAACGGCCGGCAUUGGAUUCGAUCUGUAGGCUAUUUUUCAAUCUAAAGUUGUCUGGGAAUUUUUCUGUUACUCUGUUGGAUCAAGCUAAUAUGCUAAUCAAGUUAUCUAAUGAUCUGGAUUAUGGUAUGGUUUUUGCUCAUCGUUCCUACUUUGUUUAUGGCUAUUUCAAGAAAGUUAUAAAAUGGUCUCCUCUUCUGGACCUUUUGGAGGAGUCGACGAUCAUCCCUGUUUGGCUUUCCUUCCCGGGUUUGCGUCCUCACCUCUUCUCUUCCCGUAUUCUUUUUGGGCUGGGUUUGAUUUUUGGUCGCCCGAUUCAAAACAAUAAUGCCACGGCCUCUGGUUCCCGCCCCUCUGUUGCUCGUGUUCAUGUAGAAAUUGAUGUAUCUAAAUCAUACCAUGAUACUGUUUGGUUGGGUCCGGAGAAGUUGGGGUAUGUUCAGAAAAUUGUUUUUGAGGGAGUGCCCAAUUAUUGUCAACACUGCAAAUUUGUGGGUCAUAAGAAAUCGGAAUGUCCUAAGCUUUUUCCUAAUUUGCAUCAGGUUGAUGCUUCUGUUCCCCAGCCGCUGGCCUCGGUAUCUAAUCCCCUUCUGAACUCUAGUAUCCCUGUUACUUCCUCUGUCGCGAUUGUUAUUCCUUUUUGUGAUAAUAAUGCGAGUAAUGGUGAAUUUGUUUCGGAUCAAGGAGUUUUGAAUUGUGAUAUUAAUAUUAAUGCUGGGGAGGUUGAUGCCUUGCCCUUUGUUGAUUGUCCGGUUAUUUCGCCUGAGGUUUUGGGGCCUCAUGUUCCUGCUUUGGUGGUUUUGGAUCCUGUUUUAAUUCCUUCUGCUAUUAAUAGGUCGAGACCCCCCGUGUUAUCGGAAUUGAAUGUGGUUUCUAAUGUUGAGAGUGAGAGGGUGGAAAAAUUAAAUUUUACGGCGACCUGCUCUAAUAAUCUGAUUGGUGUUCCUGUUAAUUUGGUUGAUACACGGACUUUUGCCAAUCAAUUGGGUGAUAAUUCGGGUUUUGAUAUUAGGAACCAUGUGGAUUGGCUACAUGGGUCUUCUGAGUAUGAAUCUGAAUCAGAUUUUUCUGAUUUUGUCUUGACGUCUCCGGAAUUCUGUGGUGGAUCCGUUCCUGGUAACGAAUAUUCUGUUGUACGAGAUAGACCAGUUUGUUUGGUUGCUUCUCGUGUCCGUUUUCGUGGGAGGGGCCGUAGAAAAAGAUGA